AUGAUUUGUUUCCAGUUGAAAAGAAAUCAUACGAAACAGCUACCAGCGAAACAGCCACCAGCGAAACAGCCACUAGCGAAACAGCCACCAGCAAAACAGCCACCAGCGAAACAGCCACUAGCGAAACAACCACCAGCGAAACAGCCACCAACGAAACAGUCACUAGCGAAACAGCCACCAGCGAAACAGCUACUAGCGAAACAGCCACCAGCGAAACAGCAGCGUUGUUAUGAAUUUCAUUAUAAUUAUCCUCUAAACAACGUGAAAGACAUUUUGAAUGAGCUAAAGGACAAUGGCACGACCUCUAGCCAACCAAUAAAUCAUAUAUACAACCAAUAUAGCACAAUAUACAAUGUGAAAUGUGCAGCUUAUACCGAACUUAUAAUAUUGGUUAAGUCUUACAUUGGACAUUUUGACCAAAGAAAAGCCAUUCGCUCCACAUGGGGAACAUGUCAUGGGGAAAAUGUACGAGUAGUUUUCCUUCUCGGGUAUACUUCCAAGUUUGACGAACAAGUAAGGUACGAAUAUGCUGAAAACAACGAUAUAGUUCAAGGUUCAUUUAAGGACGAAUACAGGAAUAACAUAUAUAAGACAUCGAUGGCGUAUGACUGGGUUGUAUGGAACUGUUCAGACAGCCAGUUUGUGUUUUUUGUUGACGACGAUUAUUUUGUAACUAUACCAAACCUGUUACAAUUUUCCCGUGAAAAAAUUUGGGACGGUAGAGAUGUAAUGUUUGGACAUAAGCAGUGUAAUCCGAAAAAUCCGGUGAGAUCAAAAUCGUCAAGAUAUAGAAAAUGGUACAUAUCAGAGGAAGAAUAUCAGCCACCUGUUUUACCGCCGUUUCUUUCAGGUGGAUCUGUUCUGACGCACAUAAAUGUAGUACGAACAUUGAGAAUUGCAUUUCCUUAUAUGAAAACGAUAUUUCUUGACGAUGUUUAUGUAUCAUUAGUUGCACAGAAAAUAGGUAUAAAUAUAUUACACGACGAAAGAUUUGUCAACGCUGAGGUAAGGAGAAUGGACUUCAACUUUAUUAUAUCAUGUCACAAUUUUAACAGUAGUGACUAUUUAAACAAAGCGUGGUUGAAAUUCAAAACAGCAAACAGUUUGCAUUGUAAUCAGUAAGCCAAACGUUGAUUUGUGUAGUAGUCAACGCAAGAUUGAGGUUA